AUCCUAAAGACAAGUUUAAUAGAUGCAUCACGAAAAUGGGACGGAGAAAGUGAAGAGAGGAGGUGAACAUUACGAAGUAACAACAACAACACUUAUUUCGUCAACUACUUCGCCAUUUGCAUUACAUCUCUUCUCUAUAACAUAAUAAACUCUUCACACUUUACCCAUUCUCUGCAAACUCUCGUUUCUUCCAUGGAUUCCUCCGCCGCCAUUCGAUCUUCUCACUGCUUUAUGUCCCAUAUGCAAUCCUCAUUUCAGAAACCAGUUGUAAUUCCCAUAAAAAAUGUUGGAUGGAACUUUCAAAGUAGGACUUUCAUCCAGAGCUUGGCAGUUAGUGUUAAGCACAAUGAUUCUCACAACAAAUGGAAGAAAACACUAGUGUCUUGCUCAAAACCAACAGAAGCUGUUGACACUACCAAGUCCGAGGCUUCUUUGGACAACAUUACAAAAGAAUCAUUGGAGAAAAAUCCUUUGCAAACAGCUACAUUUCCUAAUGGAUUUGAGGCUUUACUAUUAGAUAUAUGCGAUGAGACUCAAAUUGCUGAAGUGAAAUUAAAGGUUGGAGAGUUUGAGAUGCAUAUGAAACGAAGCAUGGGAGUAGCAGAUGCUCCAAUUUCCGACAUUUCACAAGCUACACCAUCGCCUGUUCCAACUAAACUCAUAGUUGAAUCAACAACUUCAACCCCACCACCUAAACCAUCUCCAGGAAAAACCAAUCCAUUUGUAAAUGAGUUCCAUGAUAAGUCACCAAAGUUGGCUGCAUUGGAGGCAUCUAAGACCAAAAAUUAUCUCUUGGUAGAAUCUCCUAUGGUUGGUUUAUUUCGAAGAGGUAAAACUGUGAAAGGGAAUAGGCAACCUCCUAUAUGUAAAGAGGGUGAUAUAAUCAAAGAUGGUCAAGUUAUAGGCUAUUUGGAUCAGUGUGGCACUUCACUUCCUGUGAAGUCAAAUGUGGCUGGAGAAGUAUUGAAGAUACUCUUUCAGGAUGAAGAGGCUGUUGCUUAUGGAGACCCUCUUAUUGCUGUCUCACCAGCAUUCAACAAUAUCAACUGAGCCAGCCUUUCAUAUUGUUGAUGAUUCGUUAGACACCAUAUAUGCUUUGUAUUCUGCUGUAACAAUCCAGUAAUGAUUGAUUUUGAAAAUACCAUAGAUAUUUUGCUUUAUGGCUAAGAAAAGAAAAUGAUGAAACGUAUUUAAUGUUAAUGAAUGAACAAGGUCUACAAGAUUAUUAUGCAUCAA